CAUCUCAUCUGCGUGCUACCUAAGAGAGAGAGAGACGGAGUGGUUGGGUGAAUGCAGCACAUCCAGGUUUAGCUAGGGUUUCCCUCUCCAAUCUCCCCGCCGCCGCCGCCGCCCACGAUCGCCAUGAUCGGCGGUGCCGACGACACCGAGCCGGAGGCCCAGCCAUCCACCCGCACGGCAGCCGCGCCUCCCCCUCCCUCGCCGCCGAUCGCGCCCCCUUCCUCGCCUCUUCCGGGCGCCGGCCUCGGCAGGAGGCUGCUCGGCUCCAUCCGCGCCUUCGCCCUCCCCGCGCCUCGCCCCGCCGCCGCCCCCAAGGUCGGCCUCGGCCUGCUGCUCCAUGCCAGCCCCGACCACCCUCUCCUCCACCCACCAACCCCGUCCGCCUCCCCGUCUGCGUCCGAGGACCCUCUCGACGAAGACGCUGCUGCGCCACGGCCUCGCGCCCACGACGCGGAGCCGCUGAGCCGACACGGGGUCGCCGACGCUGCCGCUGCGUCGGCCCCAACCAACUCCAUGUCCAGGCCCACCCACGUCGCGUCUCCGUCUAACGACGAGUCCAUCGCAGCCGACGUUUCGUCCGCGUCCGGGGAGGAGGGCGACCCUGUGGCUGUGGAAGAUGCUUCCGAACGGCGUCGCGCCGACCACGCAGAGCCGCUCUCGCCGGUGAGCCGAUACAGACCCAUCGACCCUGCUGCGAGGAGGGCUCCGGCCAACACCAUGCUCACGCAGGCGGCUCCCCACCUCCUCCAGCACCUCAUGCCGGCGGCGGACGCGGACGGUGACCAGGACCAGGAGCCCGGCCUGGUGCUGGUGGAUGGGCAAAAAGCCGACGAAUUUCGCGCGGGCGACGAGUCAAGGCCAACCAACGUCGUGUCUCCGUCUGAGGGCGAGCAGGACGAGUCGAUCACAACCCACGUUUCCUCCGCGUCCGAGGACGACGACGACCCUCUGGAAGAUGCUGCCGAACGGCCUCACGCCGCCGACCCAGAGCUGCUCUCGCCGGUGAACCGGUACAGACUAAUGGACCCUGCUGCAAGGAGGGCUCCGGCCAACACCAUGCUCACGCGGUGGGCAUCCAAGGCGGCUCCCCACCUCCUCCAGCACCUCAGGCCGGACACAGGAGGUGACCUUGCACUGGAAGAUCACGAUGCUGCUGCUGCUGGGGACGAUCAAGAAGAGAAGGUGCUGCAGCACUGCACCGGUGAUCAGCUGAGAGCUGCCAGGGAUGAUCAGGAGGUGCUACAGCAAGCUGCUAUCCAACCAAGGGAUGAAACCGCAUAUGCCAUUGAUGCUGUGGAAGGCCAGGAAUUUGUGGAGCAAGAUGCCAUUGACAGAAAGGGUGAAGGCACAAAUGACACUGCUGCCGAGGGUCAAGACAAGGCAAUAGAGCAAUGUGACUCCUAUGGAUUGGGAACAACUGGUGAUAUCGAGGAUGAUCGGGAGGCGGUGGAGCAAUGUGUCAUCGAUAAAAAGGGUGCAGCAAUGGAUGAUAAUGCUGUCAACGAUCACGAGGUGGCAGGGCCAACUGUCGUCGAUGAAAUGCGUGCUACCAUAGAUGACAUUUCUACCGAGGAUCUAGAGAAGAAAAUGGAGCAAUAUGCAACUUAUGACUCAAUCGAGAAUGAUAAUGCUGUGGAAGAUCAAAAGGUGGUACAUCAAGGUGCCAUCCACCCAUGGGAUGAAACCACAUAUGACAUUGCUGUUGAGGAUCAAGAGAAGGUGGGAUCAGCCGAGAAUAUUGAUGUUGUGGAAGGCCAGGAGUUGGUGGAGCAAGAUGCCAUUGACAGAAAGGGUGAAGGCACAAAUAACACUACUGCCAAGGGUCACGACAAGGCAGUAGAGCAAUGUGACUCUUAUGGGUUGGGAACAACUGAGAAUGGUGAUAUUGAGGAUGAUCGGGACGUGAUGGAGCAAUGUGUCAUCGACAAAAAGGGUGCAGCAAUGGAUGAUAAUGCUGUCAACGAUCACGAAGUGGCAGGGCCAACUGUCGUUGAUGGAAUGCGUGCUACCAUAGAUGACAUUUCUGCCGAGGAUCUAGAGAAGAAAGUGGAGCAAUAUGCAACUUAUGACUCAAUCGAGAAUGAUAAUGCUGUGGAAGAUCAGGAGGUGGUACAGCAAGGUGCCAUCCACCGAAGGAAUGAAACCACAUAUGCCAUUGCUGCUGAGGAGCAAGAGAAGGUAGGAUCAGCCGAGAAUGUUAAUGUUGCGGAAGGCCAGGAGUUGGUGGAGCAAGAUGCCAUUGACAGAAAGGGUGAAGGCACAGAUGGCACUGCUGCGGAGGGUCAAGACAAGACUGUAGAGCAAUGUGGCUCUCAUGGAUUGGGAACAACUGAGAAUGGUGAUGCAGAGGAUGACCGGGAGGUGAUGGAGCAAUGUGUCAUCGACAAAGAGCGUGCAGACGUGGAUGAUAAUGCUGUAAAAUAUCACGAGGUGGUAGGGCCAACUGAAGGCACGGAUAGCACACAUUCUGUCGUGAAUGACAUUUCUGCCGAGGAUCAAGAGAAGAAAGUGGAGCAAUACACAACUUAUGACUCGGAAGCAAUCGAGAAUGAUGAUGUUGUGGAAGAUCAGGAGGUGGUGGAGCAAGAGGUUGUCUUCAGAGAGGGUUUAACCAUUGACCAUGAUGAUUCUGUCGAAGACCACAAUGUGGUAGAUCAAUCUAUCAUUGAACGAAUGCCCGCUCCUACUGAUGACAUUUUUGUUGAAGAUCAAAAGGAAGUGGUGGAGCAAUGUGCAGUUCAUGAACCAAGAGCAACUGAGGAUGAGUAUACUGUCAAAGAAAAGGAGAAGGUGGUGGAGCAACGUGUCAUUGACAAACAGGGUGCAUCGAACAUGGAUGUUGCUGCGAAUAAUCAGGAUAAGUUGAUGAAGGAACACAUCAUCGACAACCAGGGUACAGUGCCCAUGGAUGAUAUUGCAGUGAAAGACCUUGAUAAAGCAGCGGCACAAUAUGCCAGUGAUGUCAUCGACGAAAAUGGCAGAACCAAGGAUGAUAUUUAUGUGGAGGAAGAUGACUAUCUAAAGGAACAAGUCAUCGUUGACAAUUGGGGUACAUUCAGUGAUGCUACUGCUUUGGAAGAUCAGAAGAAUGAGGGUGAACAAUGCAAAGGUGAUGAACAGAUAGUGGGCAAGGACAUGUAUGCUGUUCACAUGAAGGGGAGCAUGUUGGAGCAAGGGACCGGCGGCAAACAGGGAGCAACAAAGUCUGAUUUUACUGUUGAAAAGUACAAGGAUGUAGUGGAGCGUGUUUGUCAUGAAUGGGGUGCACCUGAUGAUGAUCUUGCUAUGGACACGGCAGCUUCUCAAAGUAUCAGAGAAGUUUCAUCUUCUGAGGUGGUUUCAGCCACGGCAAAUGGCAGUGAUGGGGGUAUCUGGAAGAAGGAGAAGGUUAAGCUGCACAUUAGGUAUCCUCAAAGGCCUGGGAAACUGAACUGCCCCUUUUACAUGUCAAGCGGGAGCUGCUCAUACGGGUUCUCAUGCCAAUUUCAUCACCCACCGCUUAAAGCCAAGCCAGAUGGUUCAUGGUGUCCCUCUGAACAAGGAAAUCAUGGCGUUGCUGAGACCCUGGAACUGAACCGCAUUGGCCUCCCCAUACGAAGAGGAGCAAGAAAUUGCACGUUCUAUAUGCGGAAUGGUGCUUGCAGAUAUGGCAAACACUGUCAUUUUAACCAUCCAGAGCAUGUAAUUGAUGCUCAGUUCUAUACACCAACAGGGUGGGAGGAUAAUGCUUUGCAAUUGGAGAAAUCUUCUGACCAGACAACAUUAGAUGACACAUCACACUUGAAGAAAUCUUCUGAUGAUACAACCUUGGGUGGCACGUCAUACUCAAAGAAGUCUUCUGACCAUGCAACCUUGGAUGGCACAUCAUACUCAAAGAAGUCUUCUGACCAUGCAACGUUAGAUGAUACGUCGUCUAGCUCAGAGAUCCUGCCACCGAACAUAUUAAGAAUGCUCUUACCUUCCCAAAAAGUGCUGCCUAGUACAGAAGUAAAGGUGAAAAAGGAUUCAGAUUGGCAAUCUACUUCAGAUGAUUCCGAUGGUUGCUGUUCAGCAGAUAGUUCAGAUGGGCCUUUGUGCAAGCAGGAGCAUGUGGAUUACCCUGAGAGGCCUGGAAGACCAGAAUGCCCCUUCUAUAUGAGGUUCGGUGAUUGUAAAUUUGCAUCAGCAUGCAAAUAUCACCACUCAAAAGACAAAUACCCAACUAGAUACCAUCCGAAAGUUCCAUCACUGGGAGGGGAACAGAGAGAAUAUCCUGAGAGACCUGAGGAACCAGAAUGCCCCUUCUAUAUGAAAAACCGUUUCUGUAAAUUUGGGGCACAAUGUAGGUUUAAUCACCCAAAGGAUUCAAGUCCUACUGUGCAGAACUCAACGAAUGCAAAAAAGUCAGUUGCCAGUAAUGAACAUCAUCAAUCUACCACAACCACACUAGAAGACUAUAUGCCCCAGCAACAGCAGUACCCUGAGAGACCUGGUCAGCCAGACUGCCGGUACUACCUGCAAUUUGGGGAAUGUAAGUUUCUGUCUGCGUGUAUAUUUAACCAUCCAAGAGAUGAACUUCAAGUUGGGUGGAAUCCCUCAGGUCCAGCUCACUCUGAUCAGAUUGAACCUGAAACACAUGGCAUGCCAGAAUGCCCAUUCUAUAUGAAAAGUGGGAAAUGUCAAUUUGGGUCAGCAUGUGAAUUUCGUCAUCCCAAAGAUAUAUGUUCAACUACAGAGGGAGCAUUUGGUCAGAGAACUGACUUGGCAGAUGAUACUUCCACAAGGCCAGAGAAUGUUGUGCAGAAACAACAGGCCAUGUAUCCUGAAAGGCCUGGUGAACCUCGGUGUUUCGACUACAUGAGUCACGGCUCCUGUAGAAGGCAGAUGAACUGCAAAUACCACCAUCCAGCAGAGCGUCUCUCUAGGAAACAGUACGACUCGACUUACCACUGAACUCGUCCACAUCUACCGCUUGAGCAAAGCUGUAACCAUACUGUUUACCGUGUCAAUGCUAUCAAGUGCAAGCAUUCUUCUGUUUCCAGGCGUUGCAGCUAACUCGAGUGGGUAUGAGUGACGAUUGAAGAGAGGAGGAUCUAAUGAAGAACAAAAGUUUAGAGACAGUCGUAUUUUUUCAUCUACAAUUAGUACUUGCUAGUCAUGUUCGUUCGCUUCGAAUUUCCGCUUGAGCGCGUUUUAUGAUGUUUAAAAGGCACUUUCACCUUGUCUCGGAUUUCUGCUUGAGCGUGUUUUAUGAUGUUUAAAAGGCACUUGCACCUUGUCGAAUUUACAGGAAUUGUCUCUUGUCCAGGCACUCAACUGUAAUCUGGAUAUCUUGGCAUGAUUUGCUAUUGUCCUCUACCUAGACUUAACAUGCAAACUUUGAUCUUGGUCCCA